GUGUGUUUGUGUAAAGUUGGUUGGUAUCUCAAGCGAUUUCCACAUGAAUAAGCAACGAAACUUACUUGCAUUUAAUCGAGUGGCUGUGCUUGAUACGCUGUAGAGAGCAACGCUCGACUUCACUUUAAGCAGAAAUAUUAGGAUUAUGUGACACAUUGGAAUUCCCGGAGUUUAUUUAUGACCUAAAACUUACCCUGAAAGAAACCCUUCAUAGCGGAGAAAUGUUUAAAAACAAAUUUUUCAAGAAGAAACCGAAACCAAAGGUGGACAAAAGCGAGGAUCCAACUUCACUUACCAGCGAAACAAACUAUGAUGUCAUCGAUCCAAAAUCCAACAUUAGUUCUUCAAGAUAUACGCCUCUAUUACCGGAUACGCCAAUCCCAAAACUACCUAGAAAGAGCACAACCACGGGAAAGAUAUUCAACAAAGAUACGAUCGUGGACCUGCCGCUACAACAUGUCUCUUCCAACAGACGAAUGGAGGAUCUGGAUGAUGAGGAGUAUGGGUAUACUUCCGGUUACGCCGUCCAGAGAGUCAAGAAAAAGGACACGAACUGGGAGGAGGCAUUUCUGGAUGCCCAGGCAUUUACAGCAUAUCAGAAAGACAGCAACAGCCCAAUGAUAAGCAAAUUUUUCUUCUCCCCGCAAG